CCGGUACUCUCCCGCACUCUUCACACAAUCUCUCCUCCCUCCUCCUCUUUCCUCUCUCCCCCCCUCCCCAGCUCACUCGUCGCCAUGUCCUAUGCGUACGAGUACAUUCCCGACCUCUUCAAUCUCACAACAUGGGACGCAGAUAUCGAGGCGCGCUUCGGACUAGCCUGUUCAGGAUGGCACGAGUUCCGCCAACGUGUCGAUGAGCUGCAACGAUCGUGUGGGCCCGGCGAGCGCAUCAAGGUCAUGUACACGGCGCGGCACGGGGAAGCGGAACACAACAUCCUCUGGCGCCGGUUCGGCAUGCCCGACACGGAUGAGGUCCACUUGCGGCACCCGAUCACGGACCCCGAGCUCACGGGCGUGGGGCGCGAGCAGGCGACCAACCUCGCGCACGCGCUGCGGCGGGAGAGCGCGGCGGGCAUGCCCCUCCCCACGCGCUGGUACACGUCGCCAAUGCGGCGGCCGGGGGAGACGGUCGGCUUGACAUGGGGAUGGCUCUACGGGAAGGGCGAGAAUGAUCUACAUGCGCAGGGCAUCCUGAUUCGCAGCAAGGACCUGGGUCACGGUGUGCGCGCUGAAGUGGUUGAGGAAAUCCGCGAGCACCUCCAUGUGCACCGCUGCGACGAACGGCUGAGCAAGAGCGAGUUGAUGAAGCUGUUCCCAUCGUUCGUGUGGCCUGACACCAUGCCGGACAAGGACACGGUGUGGCACCCGACAGGGCGGGAGACGGAGGAGGAGAUGGUCGCGCGCGCGUGCGAGGGUCUGCGGAUCAUCAUGGACAGCGCGGGAGAUGAUGUCUACAUCUCGAUGACGGCACACAGCGGCGUGCUGCGGGCCGUGUACAAGAACCUGGGGGUGCCACCGCGCCGCCUGGGCACGGGAGAGAUGAAUAUCCUGGUGCUGCGUGUGCGCAAAGUCUAGUCGAGUUGUAUAUUCAGUGUAGCAUUGGGUGAUUAGUCAUGGAUCGAGUGCGUAGC